AUGGCUCGCAACAGCGAGAAGGCACAGUCCAUGCUGUUCCGCUUUCGAGCGCAGCAAGCAGCGGACAUGGGAAUUAUUGACAUUGGACGAACACGACGACCCAAGAAUAUCACGAGUGUUGACGCGAUCCCGACCUGCGAGCGCUGGCGUGGCCAGGUCUUGAAAGAAAUCUCGCGCAAGGUGUCGCGCAUCCAAGAACCGAGUCUCAGCGACUACCAGAUUCGCGAUCUGAAUGACGAGAUCAACAAGCUUAUGCGAGAAAAAUGGGCCUGGGAGAUGCAGAUUCGCAAUCUGGGAGGACCAAACUACAUGCGCGGAUCAGGCCGGGUCUACGAUGAUGAAGGACGAGAGAUCCCUGGUGGAGGAAAAGGCUACCGAUACUUUGGCCGUGCGAGAGAAUUGCCUGGUGUGAAAGAAAUGUUUGAAGCUGCAGCUCGUCGUGGCAGAGGACCACCAGAGGAGGAAGAAGGUGCGGGGGCUGGUCGUGGCGGAGACAUUGCCACAAGAAAGGUCAACGCCAAUUACUUCGGUUAUGGUCUGGAUGAGGAGGAUGGCACGCUGUUGGCAUACGAAAAGCAAAAAGAAAAAGAGGCCAUUGAGGGUUUACGCUCUCAGGGUGAUGACGAUACUGAGGAUGGCUGGGAACCGCUGCCUGGAGACUCUGGAGACGGAGUGGAAUGGCGACUUCCAUCCUUAGAAGAAGUGCAAGAAGAGCUUGUCAACAGGCGACGUCAACGGCUUCUUCAGAAGAUAUCCUGA